AUGACCACUCCAGAAGCUCCAAUAGGAGCAAAAGUACAAGUAUCAGCUGGAAUCGGAUACGUUAGAUGGUCAGGUUCGAAUCCACCUUUUGCAGCUGGUAAAUGGGUUGGUGUUGAGCUACUCCAACCAGGAGGCAAAAACGAUGGAUCUGUAAAAGGAGAAAGAUAUUUUGAAUGUCAAAUUAAUCAUGGUGUUUUCGUUAGACCAAGUCAAGUUAAAAUACUUGAAACACCUAAAAAUAUACCAUCUACUCCAAGAGGAUCUAUACCGAAACCAAGUCCUGCCGGAACACCCUCACAAGCACAACCAACACCUACAUCUCGCUUGACUUCAGCAGGACCGUCAAGAGUUUCAUCGCCUCAAAACCCGAAUAUACGCCCUUCAGCACCUUCGACUCCACCACGAACAGUAUCCCAACCCACAUCAACUCCCGCUUCCGUUCCUGCUCCUCCUUCUGCUCUUCGAAGAGCUUCUUCGACAACAGCUACACCGGCAGCCAGCACUGGACGUACUAGUGCUGCUGGGACUUAUAAGAGACCUCCGUCCGUAGUGGGAAGAGCAUCAACACCACUCACCUCUCAAAUAGAGUCUCAAGAAUCAGAUCACAAUGCUUCUCACGAUAUACCAAGAAAAGGUAACAUGUCACCUCCCCCGGUUCCAAGACAAGUCGUCUCACCAACUGGCAAAAGAGUAAUCUCUCCAAUUCCAAGUAUAAACCCCUCGAUACCAGGUAUAUCACCACGUCCAACCAUGAAGCAAAGAUCAAUAUCGUCGACAUUAUAUCCAGCGAUCGAACUUUCUUCAAAUCCUGAAAUCCCCCAAGAACACGAUAUAUCAGAAAAAGAUAUUGCAGCUUCGUUCACUCAUAAACGGGAGUUGGAAGAGCUGAAAAUAAAAAUAAAAAUACUGGAAAACAGGAAACAUGAGGACCAAGAGAAGAUUAAGACUCUGGAAGGUAGAGCAGGUGAAGCUGAUACUCUACGUGCCGCAAGAGUGAAACUUCAAGCGAAAUUUCAAGAACUUCAAACCUCUCUCGUAGCUGCACAGAGAUCUUCAAGAGAUUUACAAUCUGAAAAUACAAGAUUGGACAAUAGAGCUGUAGAAGCUAUGGAUCAACUUGAGAUGGCAGCUUUAGAUAGAGAAGUUGCCGAAGAGAAAGCUGAAGCUGCUGAAUUGGAGAAAGACAGACUGAAUGAAAAAUUACAGGAACUAGAAUUGGAAGUUGCAGUGUUGAAGGAAGAAAAUGCGGAAUAUGAAAAACCUGUCUCUGGUGUUGAGGGUGAAAGAACAAGUUUAGCGUUUGUUCAACUGGAAAAACAUAACGAGAGGUUAAAAGAAGCACUGAUAAGAUUACGUGACGUGUCUGCUGAAGCUGAGAGAGAACACAAAGCCAAGCUUGCAGAUUUAGGAAAAGAACUCACUUCUCAAGAAGAUCUUAUCAGUCAACUUGAUCUGACGGAAGCGAAACUCUCCAACACUGAAGCUCACGUGGAAGAUCUGAAAGCUCAAUUAGAUGAUGCGUUAGGUGCCGAGGAUAUGCUUGAACAGCUAACAGAGCGAAAUCUACAGAUGGGCGAGAGGAUUGAGGAGAUGCGAGUGACUAUUGAAGAUCUCGAAGCUCUAAAAGAACUUAACGACGAGCUUGAAGAAAAUCAUCUCGAAGCGGAGAAAGCGCUCAACAAAGAGAUAGAAUCGUUGACUGCUCAAUUGAAUCAUGAACAAACACAAGCCGGAAACCUGGAGAAUUCGGUCUUGGACAUGGAGGCUACUAUAAAUCAGUUCCGAGAAUUGGUGUCGAGUCUACAAAGCGAAAUCGACGUACUUCGAAUGCAACAAGCUUCAGUCGAAUCCAAAACAGCUUCCACCUCUAAAGAAGCUCAAGCGUUGAUGAACUUGAACCUCAAACUGCAAUCAACGGCAGUCAAAGCCCAAUCGAAGACAGUUGACCUGGAACUAAAGAAACUGGAAGCUGCUCAAUUAACUGAACAUUUACGAAUCGUCACUUCAUACCUACCUGAUGCUUACAAUGAGACUGAGGUCGACUCGACCAACAUUUAUCUCUUCUUCAACCGAAUUUCUACAAAGGUCGAUAUGUUGAUUGGAGUCAUAUCACAAAUGCAUGGUCUUCCGUCUGCACUCCAUUCCGCUACUUCUGAAGUGCUAGUAGGAGUAUGUGAAUUGAAAGGGAAAUUGAGACAUUUCAGUGGAUUAAACAAGAGAUUUAGCGGAGUGAUCAAGAGAGGUUCCGCUGAAGAGUGGUUAUCGUUUGGCAAAUUGCUAAGUGAAGUUAAUGGCGUAGAAGCCAGAAUAGAUGGAUGGCUAAACAACGUCAAGAACGAUGAAUUCAAUGAAGGUGACUGUGCAAGAGACUUGGGAAGUUUGAUAGCUCAAUUUGAUCAUCUAUCUGAAACAUCGUUCAAUAGACCACAAUUAGAUAUUGCGGAACAACAAUUAUCUUUGACCUGGAACUUUGACUCAGAUCUAGACAAUUUCGCUGCCGCUGUUGGUUUCGCCAAACAAACUAUCUUGAGUCUGACUAAAGAAGAUGACAUUGAGAUCGAUGUAGGAGAAACCUCACUAGAAGAAGGUGUUUAUGGACCUGUUCAAACGAUACUAGACCUUGUCAGAGGGGUCAAGGUGCCUUCUGGCAAGCUCGUCGCUUCGGUUGAAGAAAUCGUGGCUUCUUCUCAUGCACUUCAACCUGAAAUUACCCUUCUCCUGGGCAAUCUAGCCAAUAGUGUCUCUAACGCAGUAGACCUAGCCGUCCAGCUCGCUCAAAGGAUCGGAGCGCAUGUCUCCUCUCUUCGAGCAUCGAAACUACCUCUUCGUUUAGCAGAUAUCGAAUCAUUUCUCGUUGAAAUUACAGCUGAAUCAUCGGCGGCUUCAGAUGCGCAUCCGUGGGAUCUGAUUGCUAUGUUCGUCACUCGAUUAGGCAAUGAGCUAGGAAAUCUAUUACCUAAAGUUAGAGAAGCGAUCAAGAGCAAUCAUCUUGUUUCCAUGGACGUCCCACCACCUUGGUUGGCAAGAGUCGCUCUCAUCAAAGAAGCUGCUUCUUUCAAUGCUGAUUCAGAGAGGAAAGUUCUGAAACUCUCAGAAGAUCUGAAAGACAUGUUAAGGGAAAUCAAAAUCAGAGAUCAAAACUUGCAAGAAGCGGGAGUCAAAGUUGAAACAUUAGAAAGAAGACUCGAAGCUUCACGAAAACAGACCGAUACAAUCAUCGAACUUGAAAACGACGUCGCAAAAGCCAAAAAGCAAGAGAAAGUAUAUGAAGAUGCUAUCGAACAACUACAAGCUGAACAGGAUUUGUUGGAAGCUGAUAAUGCCAGAUUGAGGAAGAACCAAGGUACAUCCUCAAACGAUAGACAAGGGAACAACAUCACUUCUACUCCUGGAGGAACGAACAUCGAACACUUGGUUGUCAAUUCAACAGGAGCUGGGAUAGAAUCGACUCAAUUGAUUGAUAAGAUCGAAAAUCUGAAAUCCGCAAUACGAUAUUUGAGAAAUGAAAAUUCAUUACUCAAAUCAAAAGAAUUAUACAACGAUAUAUAUUCGUUACCUUCAAUCAGAUUCGACCGAGAACCAAUAUUACCUGAAUUGGUUUAUUCGGAAUCAAGCUUACCAGGAUCUGUCUCUGACACAGAAUCAGAUACAGACUCUGAUUUACCUAAAACGCCAACGACUUCAUCUGAGGCUAGUGUCGUUACGAAACAUACAAUAGAAGUUGAAUCAAAGUUACUCUUCAAAGAAUUGAUUGAUUUCCAAACUAUACCGAAGAUUGUUGAUAUAUCGAAAUACGGAAUUGAGGACGAAGGGAAAUGGAGGAAAAGGAAGAAUGAACCUGAAUAUCAGAAAUUAGAGUGGAGGAAUAAAGAGAAGAAAUUAGGGAGGAAAUUGGAUAAUCUCAAAGAGCGAAUGAAGAAUUUGCAAAGACGUUGA